AUGGACUUCGACGAAAUUAUGAACACAUUCCGCUAUAAUGGAGCAUCACAUAAUGCCAUCUACCUCAGAGCAUUCCCUUUCUCACUUAAGGAUGAUGCAAACCAGUGGUUGAGAAGUCUGCCUACAGGGUCAAUUCGUACGUGGGAGGAGAUGACUACCAUGUUCUUAGAAAAACAUUUUUCUGCUGCUAAGAUUGGACGAAUGAGGAAAGAGAUUCACCAUUUCAGCCAAGGUGAAGGGGAGACAGUGUUCGAGGCAUGGAAACGAUUUAAGGAGCUAUUGUGGAGGUGCCCUCAUAACGGAAUGGAGCAAUGGAUGCAACUCCAGGACUUCUGGGACAGAUUAAACCUGACAUCAAGGAGAUUGCUGAAUAGUGCGGUUACAGGUCCUCUGAUGAAGAAAACCCCUAAAGUGAUUGUCACACUUCUGAAUGAAAUAUCCGUUGACCAUGGGGAUCGAAGAAGAUCAUCAGGGGUGCAUCAAGUAGAAUCGUCGGUAGCAAUGCAGGCUCAAUUUUCAGCUAUGGCUAAGGACAUUAAGCAACUGACGAUAGCUCAGGUGCAAAAUCAACCACAAGUGGGAUGUAACAUGUAUGGAUUGGGACACCCUACACAUGAGUGUCAAGCUACAGCUGAGGAAGUCAACGCUGUGUGGAACUUUAAUAGAGGAAACUACCAAUGUGGGAACAACUAUAAUACUAUGGGUCAAAGACAUUCAGCUAUACGGGAACAUGGAGCAGCUAUCAAAGAAAUAGGUACUGGUUUUCGAAAUAUGGAAACACAGGUUGGGCAGCUAGCCACUCUUUUGUCUGAGAGGAUUCCAGGAAUUCUCCCUACUGAUACUGAGAGAAAUCCUAAAGAAACAGUAAAUGUUGUAACUCUAAGAAGUGGACAAGUAUUGAAAGAUCCCACUCCAGUCCAAAAAGAUUUGGAACUUGAAAAAGAAAGUGGGGAGCGACUGAAAAAAGAGGUUGAUAAGAAGAAGAAAGGAAUUUGA